AUGAAUCGACCACCACAAGGCCACGGCCAGGGAGGCCUCUCUGCGACCUGGUAUCCGGGAGGCAGUGAUGAUUGGUACAUGCCAGCCACGAACCCCGAGGUCAUAUCUCCUUCUCCCCAAAGAGUCAUGCCAGAAGUCCCGGAGAAUAUGCAGGACAAUAUCGCCCAGCUAGAGCACCAGGCUCGCAGCCCCCAGGGACGCAUGCAGUACGGGCAAGCCCAGUAUGAGCGGUCGCGUUUCCCAGAGCGAUCCUCUUCCGCCGCCGUUGUCCAGGGACAGCCGCUUCACUCUGGCUACGAGGCGACUCACUACGAGCAGUCCGCGGCUGUAUAUGACGCGAUGGACUCGCCAAACUUCUCACCCUUUCCAGUUUUGCGGAAUCCGCCGCCAAAUGUGCCCCCCACCGAUGAACAACGAGAAGCGAACUUGGAAAAGGCUCGAGUACCCGUGCUGUCCUCCAAUGACCCAGAGAUGCAACUGGCUUGGGCCCAAGAUGUGCUCGCCCACGUCGAGGUCGCAGUACAGAACGAGGCUCGCUUAUCUGUGAUCCAACCUCCGCGUCCCCAGACCCCUUCGGUUGAGCGUCAGCUACGGAAUGAUGCAUUGAACAUAGUUAACUUUUUGGCUGAGCAAUACCAUCCGAAGGCAGAGUUUAUUAAGGGUAUGUGGUUGGAAUUCGGCAAGUUUGGAUUCCGUGUAGAUAAGAAGGAGGCCUUCCGCUGCUAUUCGAGAGCUGCGGAAAAGGGAUAUGCGAGAGCGGAAUAUCGCAUCGGAAUGCAAUUUGAAAGCUCUGGGGAGCCCGAAAAGGCCAUUAGGCACUAUGAAAAGGGUGUCGCUUUCGCCGAUUCUGCUUCUUACUAUCGCCUGGGUAUGAUGAUAUUGCUUGGCCAGCAUGGCCAACGUCAGGAUUAUCGAAUAGGUCUCGAAUACAUCAGCCUCGCUGCACAGUCGUGCGAUGAGAAUGCCCCUCAAGGUGCCUAUGUAUACGGCAUGCUUCUAGCACGUGAACUGCCACAGGUAAAUGUACCAGAGACCUAUCUACCUCUCGAUCUCAACGCCGCCCGCGUAAAUAUAGAAAAGGCAGCAUAUCACGGGUUCGCCAAGGCCCAAGUCAAAAUGGGAGCCGCAUAUGAAUUGGGCCAACUUGGCUGCGACUUCAACCCCGCAUUGUCCUUACACUACAACGCACUUGCUGCGCGCCAGGGCGAACCCGAGGCUGAAAUGGCUAUCAGCAAAUGGUUCCUCUGUGGCCACGAAGGCGUUUUCGAAAAGAAUGACGAAUUGGCAUUCUCGUACGCCCAACGAGCAGCUCAAAGCGGCCUUCCAACCGCAGAGUUCGCGCUUGGUUACUUUUACGAAGUUGGAAUAUUUGUUCCAGUCGAUAUCAAAGAAGCCAAGAGUUGGUAUGCUAAAGCUGCAGCUAGCGGAAAUAAAGAUGCCACGGGCCGGAUCGAUAGCAUUUCGCGCUCAAAGACCUUGUCACGCCGGGACCAUGAAAAUGUUGCGAUUGCUCGAAUCAAGUCCACACGCUAUGGUAAUCAUCAGCGAGGAGCGUCAAACGCAAACGCAAUGCAGCCAGUUUCCGAGAAUCUGGAGAUGCCCGAUCCGUCCAGAAUGAGUCUUAACGAUUCCAACCCAUCACCCGCAGCGCCCUAUCCCGACCGCGCGGGGCCCCAGGGCCGUCCAGGUUAUCCACCUGAUAAUCGGCCUAGUUCUGCAUUCGGUAUUAAUCCAAACAUUCGGCCUAACGUUGCUCAGUACAACCGUGCUGCCUCAUAUGGGCCGGGGCCAAUGGGCUACCGACCUCCAGGCUCUGCGACACCACCAACCGGCCAAGCGCAUCCUGCGUCGGCAGGACCUAAAUUGGACAUUGGCUAUUCGGCGCCUGUGGAACCCCCGAGACAGGAUAUGCGGAGACGUCCCCAACGCCUGGACAAUGUGCCAGAUCGGAAGCCCGCGCGAACACCUGUUUCCGGCCAUCCUGGUGCGAUGCCUUCCCCGCGGCCUUCCCCCUCUUCUGCAAACUUUCCCCCGCGCGCCGAGUCAAUGCAAUCACCCUCGGGGACACCGAAACCCGGGGCCACACCUUCGUCUGCCCCUCCCGCCCAGAAACCCUCGAAACCAGCCCAACCCGGCAAGGGCCCGAAGACUUUCGAAGAGAUGGGCGUUCCCCAAGCCCCGAAAGAGAAUGAUUGCAUUGUCAUGUGA